CAGAUACAGUACGCAGUUGUACACAACUAAUGCAGUGCAAAGUGGCAAAAUUUCUCGAUAAUCCCUACAAAGUCGCACUGUUUUCGGUUUGUACUGCUGCAGCGCAAAAUAAUUUUGUUCGAUAUUGCUAUAUCUUCAGAAAACUUUUCGCGAACAAACUGCUGAUAUAAAUUACCGCCAUUCUCGAAACCAUGGCUUUAUCGGGGAAAGUUGCGCUGGUUACGGGUGCUUCACGAGGAAUUGGGAAAGGCAUUGCACUGCAAUUAUCAGCUGCAGGAGCCACGGUUUACAUCACAGGUCGCACACUGCAGGCAGCGAAAGAUGCAGAUUUUCCAGGCAGCUUGAUGCAGACGGCAGACGAAAUAUGUGCGCGAGGGGGAAGUUGUAUUCCCGUGCAGUGCGACCAUGCCAAAGACGACCAGAUCGACGAGGUGUUUCGCCAGAUCGAAAUGGAGCAGGGCCGGCUGGAUAUCCUGGUAAAUAACGCAUUUUCCGGCGCGGCCGCCUGCAUCCGCAAUCUGGGCAAGCCGUUCUGGGAGCGACCGGAAACCUUCUGGGACGACAUCAACAAUAUCGGUCUGCGGAACCACUACAUUUGCUCCGUUAAAGCCGCCAAAAUGAUGGUUAAACAAAAGUCUGGGCUGAUUGUGAUGAUAUCUUCCAUUGGAGCCAUAAAAUAUUCGGAUACACCGGCGUAUGGCAUAGGAAAAGCAGCGUGCGAUCGGAUGGCAGCUGACUGUGCACUGGAAUUAAAAGCCCACAAUGUGGCGUACAUUAGCCUAUGGCCGGGACCGGUCAGCACGGAAGUCAUGCAGCAGUUGGCCGUCGAUCAGAAGAACGGAAAACUGGCGGACAAAGGUCAAGGCGUCACCGGCUCCGUCGUGUACGAUGUGGCGGAGAUGCUGAAAGUGGCCGAAUCUCCGGAAUUCAGCGGCAAAUGCAUUGUGGCCCUGGCGACCGAUACCAGUGUGAUGGAUAAAACAGGGGAGGCCUUCUCCACGGCGGCGCUGGGCAAAGAAUACCACAUUGUCGAUAUCGAUGGACGCAGAAUUGAAGAAUUCUCUUUCGAUGAGGCAUAAACCGCUCCCGUUCCCAAAUUUUUAAUAUUUAUAUAUAUGAAUUUAUUUUUCCAUCUGUUGAUAGUUCGCGUUGGUACACGGCUGUUUACAUAAGCAGGAAAGGCCUUUAAACUUGAAUAACUUGUCUGUAUAACUUGUCUGUAACUUUGUAAGAACUGUAUUUUACACCUCUUUAUUUAAGCGAAUUGGAGAAUCGAUCCUGCGUAUAUUUACAGAAUUUAUUAAGUACUCAUGAAAACAGAACGAGGCGGAAACAAGAACAAUACAGUAUUAAC